AUGGGAUCGACAAAAAACAAUAAGCCAAGUCUAACCAAAAUUGAACUGAAGAAAUUAAAAUCGAUUCUACCAACAUUGAAACAGAAACCAACAUCAACGCCGAUCGAAAUCGUACUGGAAACAAUUCGAUAUAUUCGACAAUUAGAAGAUCAAUUAAUCGAUCGAUUUCAAGUGGACACGUCUCUGUCAGGUCGAACAUCAUUAUCCGAUAUGUCAACUGAUUCAUCAUUACUACAGGACAUCUCCAACACCGACUGA